GCGGGCGGAGUUAACAACAACCACUGAGAGGAGAAAUAGUGGAAAAGAUAGGCUAAUGUAGGCUACUGUAAAUAUCAAACCAUACUUGGCCGGCCAGUGUUUAGUGGGGACUAGGGAAUGGUUAUCAGCGUGCCUGGAAACGAUGCAACUUUAUAAUGUGCAGUAGUAGCUUUCAAAGUUUAGAGGUCAAGUUUACAGAAGAGAAGCUUGGACGUUGUAAACGCAGAAGACCGUCAUGAUGACGAAUGAGAAUCUGCGGCAGAAACAAUGUUUCCACUCUGCAUCCUAGGAUCAUCAAUUACGCGCGUGUGUAUACGUAUUAUUUCAAGAAUGUGUGUAAUGCAAAAAGAUAAACCAGAGACUAGAGUGCGAGUACCCUAACGGAUCUGUCCAAGUGCACUCUAAAAUCAGUAAAAAUGCACGCAGUUACCAGCCUCUCAAUGGUCAGUUUGCUAAGUUUUGGCUACCUAUCCAUGGACUGGAUCAAGCCGAAUCAAGUGGAGGAGCACACUCAAAACGAUGCCUCUAUUACGUUUGAGCCUAAGCAACCACCACACAUUAUAUUCAUACUGACGGAUGACCAAGGCUUCAAUGACAUAGGUUAUCACAACCCGGACAUUCGGACUCCAACUCUGGACAAACUGGCCGCGGAGGGGGUGAAGCUGGAGAAUUACUAUGUUCAACCUAUCUGCACUCCGUCACGCAGUCAGUUGAUCACGGGCAGAUACCAGAUCCACACAGGCCUCCAGCACUCUAUCAUCCGGCCUCGCCAGCCCAACUGCCUCCCUCUGGAUAUGACCACGCUCCCACAGCGGCUGCAGGAAGCGGGCUACGCUACUCACAUGGUGGGCAAAUGGCACCUUGGCUUCUACAGGAAGGAGUGUCUGCCCACGCGCCGUGGCUUCCACAGCUACUUUGGCUCUCUGACGGGCAGUGUGGACUACUACACGUAUGGCUCCUGUGACGGACCAGGCCUGUGUGGCUACGACCUCCACGAGGGUGAAACCGUGGCCUGGGGCCGUGGAGGCAAGUUCUCCACCCACCUCUACACGCAGAGGGUACGCAAGAUUCUAUCCACUCACGAUCCGUCCCGCCAGCCCCUGUUCAUGUUCCUCUCCCUCCAGGCUGUCCACACGCCCCUCCAGUCACCCAAGGCCUACAUCUACCCCUACCGCGGGAUGGGGAACGUAGCCAGAAGAAAGUACGCAGCCAUGGUGUCCAUCGUCGACGAGGCUGUGCGCAAUGUCACCUACGCUCUGCGCAAGUACGGCUACUACCGCAACAGUGUGCUCAUCUUCUCCACUGACAACGGUGCCCAGCCGUUCACUGGGGGGAGUAACUGGCCCCUGCGAGGGCGUAAGGGGACCUACUGGGAGGGAGGGGUCCGUGGGGUGGGCUUCGUACACAGCCCCCUGCUGCGUCACAAGCGGAGGGUUUCCAAGGCCCUCUUGCACAUCACUGAUUGGUACCCAACCCUGGUUGGUCUGGCUGGGGGUAACGUGUCACAGACUGAGGGUCUUGACGGCUACAAUGUAUGGCCAACUAUCAGUGAGGGCAGGGAGUCCCCACGCCUGGAGAUCCUCCAUAACAUUGACCCACUCCACCGGCGCUCUGGCCUGGCGUCUGGGUCUGGACAGGAGGCCCAGCAUGUGUGGGACACCUCGGUCCAAGCUGCCAUCCGGGUGGGGGACUGGAAGCUGCUAACAGGGGACCCGGGCCAUGGAGACUGGGUCCCACCACAGGUACUGGCCAACUUCCCAGGCAGCUGGUGGAACCUGGAGCGGAACACUGAGGGAACAGGGAAGUCUGUGUGGCUCUUUAACAUCACAGGAGACCCCUAUGAACGCAGUGACAUGGCUGUGCAGAGGCCUGAUGUGGUCAAACAGCUGUUAGCACGUCUGGCCUACUACAACCGCACUGCCGUCCCUGUUAGGUUCCCCACCGACGAUCCCCGGGCCAAUCCAGACCGCAACGGGGGGGCCUGGGUACCCUGGGUCGGGGGGGACGAGGAUGAGCCGAAAUGGAACGGGGUUUAUAAGAAAGGGAGGAAUAAAAAGAAGAAGAAAUGCAAGCUGUGCAAACUGAGAUCCUUUUUCAAGAAACUGAAUACAAGGAUAAUGUCCAAUAGAAUAUGAGGUGGGAAAGUCAAUGACACUCAGUCACAAGUAGCCUAUACAUUUUACACUGCAAGAGUAAUCUGAGCCAGCAAACACGUUGUGUGUGUGUGACAAUGGAAAAUGAUGUUUACUAUACUGCAUCUCUUUGAGUGUGCUGUCAUAUGUGUUUUGGAUGUAGGACUAUUGGGUUCUGUUGUGUUUAUUACAUGUCCAAUUUGAUCCACUUGUAGUGCGGAGCUAAGUGAAUUCAACAUGUUUAUGUUGACCUACUCACUUGGGGUUAUUUCAGCAGUAGUGACAUGAACUGACCUGUUUUUCUUUUCUAUAUUUUUGAAAAUAUCUAAGUAAAGAAACAACUGUUUUAAUUCAACAGAAGCUAAUGGGUGAUUCCUCGUGAACAAAACAAGCCCAUGAUUUUGGGGACUUUCAUAUCAUUUAAUCGAUAGAAGAGUCCUUCGGAGGAAGGAUUGUUGACAUGUAUUUGACAUUUGUAUCUUUUUUGGCCUUACCUGGGCCUCCUUUUAAAGCUGUGAUCCGCGAUAGGCAAAACAGAGCCAUUGGCCGCACCAAGCGCAUUUGUUUUGUAAAAAAAACAUUUGUAAAUCAAAUCAAAUGUAUUUAUAUAGCCCUUUGUCCAUCAGCUGAUAUCUCAAAGUGCUGUACAGAAACCCAGGAUGCAGGUGUUGAAGCACGUUGGCUAGGAAAAACUCCCUAGAAAGGCCAAAACCUCGGAAGAAACCUAGAGAGGAACCAGGCUAUGUGGGGUGGCCAGUCCUCUUCUGGCUGUGCCGGGUGGAGAUUAUAACAGAACAUGGCCAAGAUGUUCAAAUGUUCAUAAAUGACCAGCAUGGUAAAAUAAUAGGUCAAGAAAAGGUAGCACGUCCGGUGAACACGUCGGGAUUCCAUAGCCGCAGGCAGAACAGUUGAAACUGGAGCAGCAGCACGGCCAGGUGGACUGGGGACAGCAAGGAGUCAUCAUGCCAGGUAGUCCUGAGGCAUGGGCCUACGGCUCAGGUCCUCCGAGAGAGAGAGAACGAAAGAGAAUUAGAGGAAGCAUACUUAAAUUCACACAGGACACCGGAUAAGACAGGAGAAGUACUCCAGAUAUAAGAAACUGACCCUAGCCCCCCGACACAUAAACUACUGCAGCAUAAAUACUGGAGGCUGAGACAGGAGGGGUCAGGAGAUACUGUGGCCCCAUCCGAUGAUACCCCCAGACAGGGCCAAACAGGAAGGAUAUAAGUAGUACAUUCUAUACUUUUCUAUCGCGUGUGCAAUGUUGUGCUGAUGUCUGAGGGAAAAAACAGUGUUCCCUGUUUAAAAACUUCUUUGCUAUUGGAAUAUUGCAAAUGGACAAAUGGACAACCGUUACCGAUUGCAGAUUUAAGACGUGAUAGUGUUUUACAGCUUUCUCUGUAAUAUGAGUAGUAUUUGGAGUUAAAUAAUAAUUGUCUUACAUUAAAGCAUUUUGUAAAAUAUAGACAUGUAAAAUGUACCAUUUUUGAUUUGGCAAAUGUUUCUAUUGUUGAACAUAAUAUAUUCAAUGGGCAUAUCUAAGUUCCAGAGUAGGAUCUUUGCUAGUUUUAAAGUAAUGGUCCAUUUUAAAGAGAAAUAUGUGCAUGUUAGGCAGGUUUCCAUUGAAGUUUAUACUACAAAGCAAAAGCUAUGUCGCAAAUAACACUGCAACAUGUGUAAUGGAAACUGCAGCAAUAGAAUAAAUGUUCUAAAGAUCAACUAAAUGUUUAUCCAUUUGACAUUUGGUGGGUUUUUUUCUUUAGUUUUUCUUUGUUUAUUGAUGAUUGCCGAAUAAUUUCGAAGGUACGUGGGGCAUGGUGAUGUCAUCACAUAACUACAGUGCCUUCAGGAAUGAUUCAUCACAUCCCUUGACUUUAAAAAAUAAAUAAAAAUUGUUAAAGCCUGAAUUUAAAAUGGAUUAAAUGUAGAUUUGUUUUGUCACUGGCCUGCACACAACACCCCAUAAUGUCAAAGUGGAAUUAUGUGUUGUGUCACUGGCCUGCACACAACACCCCAUAAUGUCAAAGUGGAAUUAUGUGUUUCUAGAUGUUUACAAAUAAAGGAAAAAUAAAAUC